AAGCCGUCCACCAGCGAUGACAAGUGAGAAUUGUCAGCCAAUCAAAUUUCAGGUGAGGGUUUGGCGCGUGAUCAGUUCAAGCUGGAGUUUUACACUCUCUGGCCUUUGUUCAUCUUCACAUGCCGACUAGCGACAAUUGCGGGGGAUCACGGGCAGAGGGUGAAAGUUGAUGAAGCCAAUAUAAAACGCAUUACUUUUAUAAAACACAUCUGCCUUUGUUUCCUUCUCUCCGCAUUUAUCUCCAUCAUGUCUUCUUCACAGUUGCUCCAACAAGAGGAACGAGAGUUCCAACAACAAGUCGAUCAGCUCAAGCAAUGGUGGGCCUCUCCCCGUUUCCGUCUUGUCAAACGUCCUUAUACCGCUGAAGCUAUUGUUUCUAAGCGUGGUACCCUUCACAUUGAUUACCCUUCAAAUGCUCAAGCCAAGAAGUUGUGGGCUUUGUUGCAAAACCACAAGAAGAAUGGCACAGCUUCUCAUACCUUUGGAGCCUUGGAUCCUGUCCAGGUUACGCAAAUGGCCCCUCAUUUGGAGACCGUGUAUGUCUCUGGUUGGCAAUCCUCUUCCACCGCUUCUUCCUCUAAUGAACCUGGUCCAGAUUUGGCUGAUUACCCUAUGGACACUGUUCCUAACAAGGUUGAACACUUGUUCAUGGCUCAAUUGUUCCAUGACCGCAAGCAACAUGAGGCUCGUUUCGCCAUGUCCAAGGAAGAGAGAGCAAAGACCCCCUACAUUGAUUAUCUUCGUCCUAUUGUCGCUGAUGCAGACACUGGUCACGGUGGUAUCACUGCUGUUAUGAAGCUGACAAAGAUGUUUGUCGAGCGCGGAGCUGCUGGUAUUCACAUUGAGGAUCAAGCUGCUGGAACCAAAAAGUGCGGUCACAUGGCUGGCAAGGUCUUGGUACCUAUCUCCGAACACAUCAACCGUUUGAUCGCUAUCCGCGUGCAAUAUGAUAUCAUGGGUGUUGAUAACAUCCUUGUCGCUCGCUCCGAUGCCGAAGCUGCUACCUUGAUUACUAGCAACAUUGACUACCGUGAUCAUGCUUUCAUCCUCGGUGCCACUAACACCUCCUUGCCACCUUUGGUUCAAGUUAUGUAUGAAGCUGAACAAGCUGGAAAGAGCGGUGAUCAGCUGCAGGCAGUUGAAGAUAAGUGGGUCGAGGAUGCUAAGCUUUCUCGCUAUGGUGACGCUGUCGCUGCUGCUCUCAAGCAGAAGGGUCAGGGUAACAAGGUCGAUGACUUCUACAAGGCUAUUGAGUUCAAGUCAAAUCUGGAAGCCAGAGCUGUUGCAAAGAAAUUCGGUGUUGAAAUCACAUGGGACUGGGAUCUUCCUCGUGUCAGAGAAGGUUACUACCGUUACCAAGGUGGUACUGAAUGCGCUACUCACCGUGCUGUCUGCUUUGCUCCCUAUGCUGAUAUGCUUUGGAUGGAAACCAAGAAGCCCAUUCUUACACAAGCCAGACAAUUCUCUCAAGGUGUCUUGUCCAAGUACCCCGAUGUUUUGCUCUCUUACAACUUGUCUCCAUCCUUCAACUGGGAUGCUGCAGGUAUGACGGAUAAUGAUAUGCGAUCCUACAUCAAGGAGUUGGGCAAGCUUGGCUUCGCCUGGCAAUUCAUCACUCUUGGUGGUCUCCACGCCAAUGCUCUCGCAACAGCCACCUUCGCAAAGGGUUAUGCUGAGCACGGUAUGCUUGCCUACGUUGCAGGUGUUCAACGUAAGGAAAGAGAAGCUGGCGUUGAUGUUCUUCAACAUCAGAAAUGGAGUGGUGCCAACUAUGCUGAUGAGCUUAUCAAGAUCGUCACUGGUGGUGUCGCAUCUACCGCUGCUAUGGGCAAGGGUGUCACUGAAGAUCAGUUCAAACACUAAGUAAACAAAUCCACGGAGGUUUAUAGAUUUUUAUUUUCUUCAACGAUGUGCCAAUAGCUUAUUUCGUAUGUACAAAACAAAUACACACUUUUUUUUCAUGCAUACCAUGCAAACCAAUUUUAUAUCUUGAAG